AAGUUGAAUGGAUACAUAUAAGUUAUAACUUUUAAGUUCAGCGGAACCGGAUCAUGCAUACGACGAAAAUUAUUACACAAACGUUCACAUGACUUUCUCUUCGGUACUCUUAUCUGUAAACAGGUACAUAAGAGGUCUUAAAAAGAAUUAAGUCAGAUAACAGCUUCUACAACAGGAGAAGUGGUUUCUCUUUAUUCUUUACUUCCUGUCAACUGCUGGUCAAACAUUCUGUCAAGAUGAUAUCCACAAAGGCAGUAAUCAUUGGUGCGGGAGCCGCAGGAAUUGCUGCAGCUUGUCGUCUCCUAGAGCGAGGAAUGAAUGAUUUUGUGGUUCUGGAAGCAGAGGACCGCAUUGGUGGACGGGUACACAGUGUAGAUUUCUGUGGCAACAUAGUUGAUCUUGGGGCACACUGGGUGCAUGGUGAAAAAGGAAAUGUAGUUUUUGCAUUACUUAAAGAUCUAAACAUUCUUCAGAUGUCAGUUACAAGUAUUACGGAAGAUAAUGUUAUGUUUGUGGAUUCAUCUGGAAAGCCAGUAGCACCUGAAAAACUAGCAAAAAUAUAUGGUAUCAUAUCAGAAAUUGAACAAAACAGUACCAGUGGCUUGAAAAAUUUCUGGGGAUCUGUUGGGGACUAUUUCACAAGGGAAUUUCAGAGACAAAUUACACAACCAGGAUUAAUUUCUGCCGAAGAUCUACCUCUUGCAUAUUCUGUCCUUGAGUGGUAUUCAAAAUUUGAAAAAUCAAUUGAUGGUUCUGAUAACUGGUUCCAAACAUCUGGAAAGGGUCUCACAGAGUACUGGGAAUGUGAAGGAAAUCAGCUUUGGGCCUGGAAACAUGGAGGCUAUGGAAACAUUUUAGAUGUUUUGAUGAAAAAGUAUCCAAAUCCUCACCAAGAACUUCCUUUGAAGGAACGUUUACAACUUAGUAAGGAAGUAACCAAAAUUGAAUGGGAUUCAUUGCCUAAUGAAAUGAGAGGGAAAGUUAUUGUCAGUUGUCUUGAUGGAUCACAGUACAUUGCAGAUCAUGUUAUUGUGACUGUUUCUCUUGGUGUGCUUAAGGCACAAGCAAAGGCAAUGUUCAGUCCCCCAUUACCUGCUUACAAGAUGAAUGCUAUUAAGGGGCUAUCCAUUGGAACAGUAAACAAGGUGUAUAUGAAAUUUUCUCAUCAGUGGUGGCCAGAAGAUUGUAGUGGUUUUGGAUUUUUGUGGAAUGCAGAGGAUAAAGCUGGAUCAGAAACGUCUGGAGGUGAUGAGCAGAAUUGGCUGAAGGAGGUAUUCAUGUUUAAUACUGUUGAUAAUCAUCCUCUUUGUUUGUGUGGCUGGAUUGUUGGUCCUGAGGCUCGAAAGAUGGAACUUAUGUCUGAUACAGAAGUCUGUGACAGUUUAAUGAGUUUGCUUAAGCAUUUCCUUGGAAAGCAUUUCAAAGUGCCAUAUCCUGAAAAAAUAUUGAGAUCAAGUUGGACAGCAAAUCCCCAUUUUCGUGGGUCCUACAGUUUCCGAAGUUUGGAUACAGAAAGAUAUGGUACAAAUGCUGCUAGUCUGGCAAAACCAAUAUCCAACACUGGUGGAAAUCAGGUUUUACUGUUUGCUGGAGAGGCCACACAUGAUCACUACUACUCUACUGUUCAUGGGGCAAUAGAGACAGGCUGGAGGGAGGCAGACCGAAUUCUUAAUGAGGCCAGAUUAUUUAAGAAAUCAUCUCUCUGAAUAUGCCGGAUGAACCUGUGUGAGACAACCCAAGUAACUUCAUUGGCAUCCAAGUGCUGUGAUACACAGUUUUCCAAAUAUUUGCUUAAUAAUGUUAUGUAACUCUGUUUGAGACCGUACAAUUUAAUAAAUAUACAAUUCCAUAAACAGAAA